AUGUCGACUCAAGAUCAAGAACAGUUUCCCUUCUCCUGGGUCAAUGUCGAUUCUUCGGCUAAUUCCGUUCCGGACAAUUCUGACGUUCUACUCGAACACUAUCUGUCCACUCUUGAUGACGAUGCAAAGAGCGACCUUUUAGACUUGCAGGAAAAUUCCAUUGGUGUUCCAAAAGACUUCCGGCGGGUUGUUCUCGCUACUAUUCUCCCGUCAUGGUUUGAAGAAAUCAUCGACAACCCUACAACAUCCCCGGUUCUUCGAACUGCCGCUCUUGCAUACCUUAAGCAGUCUGCAGACGUGGAGGUCAGCGCAAAAAAGGUUUCUCUUAAUGGAUUCAUGGCUUUCAGAACUUUUGUUAUGGCUGCUUUCGCUGGAGCUAAACAACGAGAUAUCUCCCAGCUGGCAGGUAUGUGCUGGCACGAAGAUCCUUAUAUCGGAACGUGGGAUAUUAUCGCCAGGGCCUACAAUAUCGUGCGGAACGAAAGCUUUGACCAGCAAGCCGAUAUACCGGUCUCACUCUAUCUGGGCUGGCUAGUCAGCUUUAUCUUCAAUUUCCCUGCGGACCCCCGAGUCUAUCUGCGCAUGAACGGCAUUGAAGUUGUGGAAUCCAGAUUCCAAGGCAAAAUCGAAUACCAUGUUGUUACCGGAUUUUCGGUCACUCUUGUGCGGCCUGUUGUCCCAGUCACCAUGGCACGUUUGGUGUUCUACAUUCAGACAAUGGCUUACGGUCAAGGCGAGGCGGGCACUCGGCCACUCACCGUUACGAAUGGUCAGCAGCCAGCUUGGAUUGUUGAACCUGGAAGUCUGCCGCCAGCCCUCCAAGCGAAUGGGUUGACUCUUGGUCAGUUAGAUCAGACUGAAGAAGGUGAUGACCCAGAUGACCCCGCUGAAGUGGAGGAACCCCACCUCGAUCCUUGGAUUGAGCGUAUGACUACUGUUGUCAAUCAGAGAUUGAAAGACGACAAGGACACUCGCCAAGCCCCCUUCACGGCAGUUUAA